AUGGCAACAAGCAGCAUGGCAACUGGAUUUGUGGUGGCACCAAAUUUCACAGCCAAUACAAUAAGUGCACCCAAGAGUGGUAUGCUAUUCUUUUCUUCUAAGAAUAACAGCAAUUCAAGGUUGGUUGUGAAGGCAGCCGAAGAGGAGGCAGCACCGGUUGCCACCACUGCUCCACCUGCUGCUGAAGUUGAAGCCCCGCCUGCAAAAGCGACCAAGCCACCUCCAAUUGGACCCAAGAGGGGCGCAAAGGUGAGAAUUCUAAGGAAGGAGUCCUACUGGUACAAGGGAGUUGGCUCCGUUGUGGCAGUUGACCAGGACCCCAAGACUCGGUAUCCAGUCGUGGUGCGGUUCAACAAAGUGAAUUAUGCGAAUGUAUCUACAAACAACUAUGCAUUGGAUGAAAUCCAGGAAGUCGAAUGA